CUCAUAUAUCACCUAUGUUCCUCUUUGUUUACGAUAACAUUAUUAUAUUAUAAUGUCAAGAUUACACUAUUUUAAUGUGAUUUUAACACUAAAAUUUUUUUAUUUCUAAAACACUACUUUAAUGUAAUUUUUACUCUAAAACUCUUCAAUCCAACACUAAAAAUUACACUAUUUUAGUGUAACACUAUAAUUUACAUCAAAUUUGAUGUAAAAUUAUAGUAUUGUACUAAAAUAGCAUAAUUUUUAGUAUUAGAUUGGAAAAGUUACACUAAAAUAGUGUGAAAGUCGCAUAACAAUAGUGUUUAAUUUGGAGUUGAGUUGAAAAUAUUCUUUUGUUACGAGUGUUUAUAAAAUUGUGCUCUGAUAUAUAAAAAGCAUGAUAUAAAGCGACAAAGAUGACUGUGCCCGGGACCUUCGGAAAGUGUAAAACAUAUUAGUAAGUAUCAUGCUUAAAACACUACAAGAAUGUAAACUGGAAAUUAACUUAUUAAAUCCCCGGAAUCUGGUUACGAACUAAUAAUGCAGCUAAAAAUCGCAAAUUUUUUAAAAAAUCUCAGCUAUACCGGAAAUUAAAGUUAUCAAAACCCUGUCACAUAACAUGUCAAUCAUUUAACCAACGUUAAGUUGGCCUAGUGGUAAAGGAGUUGCGACUGUAACUUCUGCCACUUGGAUUCAACUCACGGUGGAAAAGACUAUUUACAAUGCUUGAGUUUCUGGCAAAGAGGUGAAAACACCUCUUUUUUUUUACACCCAAAAAAAAACAUGUCAAUCAUUUAUGGGAUCUAGCAUUUCCUUCCCUUUUAUGCUCAAGUUGAUGAUGUCAAAGUAUGUCGAGGUGAAUAAAGAAGUAAAUCUAGCAGAAAAAAAUAACAUGUUAUCAAUCGGCUUUAAGCAGCUCAUAAAAACCGACAGAGAAACAAUGUUCUCCACAAUCAUCAAGUCAUUCCUCCACCGGUUAUCUUCAAGCUGAUUGACAGAGACAUUAAAAAAUACAAUUACGGCAAGGCGCCACAAGCGCAAAUCAGAAAUGUAACGCGGCUCUGGAUUAGAUAACCAAAUCUUUGCCAUUUACCAAAUCUGCUACCAUUCUUUUUAUUAUUCUUUUUUGCAAAGAAGGUGGUCUUGUAAGGUCUUUUAUGUAAGCCCAAGCUAUAUUUAUAGAAACGGCAAGGUUAUUAACAUGAGACACACAUCUUACAAACAUACAAUUGAUAAAAUUGUUCGUUUGCUAUGUUUUUCCAGAGGCAACAUGGAUUUCUAGAUAAAGUUGUUGAUGAACAAUUUUUUUUUAAUUGUUCCUUCCUUUCCAAUACAUCAGUUGUUACGAAAUCUGAAACUAACUUAUAAAGUUGUUUAAUAAGGAAAAAACACACCCUAUAAAGUUUCUUUAAAACUAUUAUUGUUAUUAUUUUCACACAUAUGAUUAACGAACAAGAAUUACUAAGAUCUUUUGUUGACUAUAUAUAUAGUUUUUAAACUAGAUUAAAAUAAUAAAACGCGUGAAGGAGCUAUUGAGCUAAUAAAGAAUUGGCAUGAUCCCACCUCCUACUGCCUAUAUAUUGGGGUUGUUUUAUUUAUUUGAUAGGUUCUCUUGGUAGCAUUAAAUAUUUUUUUGCUAAAUAGUAGUAUUGACUAUGAAAUCAGGACCUUUAGGGGAGGUAAUAUGUUUGUAUUAUUAUCGACGGUCGCCUUGUUGCGUGCAUGUACCUUAUUUUAUCAUUUACUUCUAGAGAAAUGAUAAUUACGUAUACCUCAAUGUAUAGCUGCGUCCUACCAAAAAAAAUGUAUAGCUGCGUAAACAUACAUAUAUAUAUAUAUAUAUUCUUUAACAAGUUCAAAGGGAUUUAGUUUUUCUAAACUUUCAACAAGAACAUCGCGUGAUUAAUUGAAAAUGAACGACAAGUUACGACUUUUUGGUGUUUCUUAAUAAGUUCCUUGUAGAAUUAUAAUUUGGACAUGCGUGUUUCAUAUUCACUUUUCAAUGUCUGUCGUUUUUUUUUGUUACUCACGAUGAAUUAUUAUCACUGGUUCGAGUUGGCCCAGAAUGUAUAUAUUUACAUAUAUAUAUAUAUAUAUAUAUAAAUAUAUCACUAGCUAGUGAUUAAUACCAUGUUCUUUUACAAAGCAAAGUAUAAUAGCUGUGUGAUAUAUUUUUGAACACCAUACUUUAGUUUGUUUGGUUCAAAUAAAUAGAAUCAUAAACAUUAUAUAUAUAUAUAUAUGCACCCAUGAUUGUUUUAAAGGUUCGAAGUAUAUACUUCCAUGUUUAUUCUUUUUCUAAUAUCAAAUAUAAAACGUCUUUUAUGCGAAUUUUAUUUUUGAUAAUAUGUAGAAUACCCACUCCACAACAUAUCAGCUUUGUUAUGUAGUAUAACAUAUAAUAGGUUUGUUCUGUACUAGAACAGAAGUUCCUUUUUAUGGAAAAUAACUAAAAUGUUCAGAAGAGGCAAAAUAGACGUCCACAUGUGACCAUGUAAUACAACACAAACGACUAAUCAAUUUAAUAGUUUUUUACACAACGAUCACGGAAUUUAAUGGAGAACUUGGAAGACUUAGUCGCUUACAACUAUUUAAUCUAAUAAUCUCGAACUACCAAUAGGAAGACGUGUGGGGAUGAAGUUGCGUAGCCAGAUUUUAAAAAUCAAAUAUCUAAAAUAGAUUAAUGUCAAAUUGGUUGGUUAGCAUGAAGGACGUAGAUAAGAGCAAGCAACAUUUUUAGGCAAAAAAAGAUCAAGCAACAUUCGCGUAUCUUAUUCAUAAUAGACGAAGUAUUAAAACUAGUUAAAGUUUAAAUAAUUAUUUCGGGACGUGACAUUAUUUUCGAAUAAUCUCCCUUGUUUAUAUCUAAGUCUAGCAAACAAGCAAACUGUACGUAGGCAUGCCAGUGAGAUGGAUAUUAUAGAAAGCCUAGCAUCAGCACUUGGCAACAUGACACACGCACAUCUUAUAACUCAUUCAGUAAAAGAAGACAACAGUUGUUGAGGGAAAAAGAAGAACAAAAUUAAACAAAAUUUUAUAGUGUUUUAUUCCCCAGUUCCUGUUCAUUUCUUACGCGCAUUUUGGUUGAUUAGUUUUUAAAUUGUAAUUCUUUUACCAGCAAUAUAAUAUAUACAAUAUAACCUCUUUAAAUUAAUACUUUAUAGAUUAAUAAACACUAAAAAUCUCUAUAAAAUAAUAUAAUUUUAUAGUCUCAAAUUAAAUUUUUGAUUCAAUUAGUAUAUCGAUAAAUUAAUAUCUUUAUAAAUUAAUAAAAAAUUAUAGUUUUGGUGUAGUCCCAACAUUAUUAAUUUAUAGAGGUUUCUCUGUAUAUAUGUGUAUAUAAUCUCGCCAAUGUAUAUGAAAGUAAUAUUUAUAAUUAAUGAUCUUUUAACCAUUAUUAUUAUUAUUAUUCCACAGAAUUCUGUUUUAAUACGGUAAAUGCUUUCAGGAACAAAUCCUACAAAUUUUGGAAAAGCUUCCCAAUUGAAUAUUUCUAGUGUUAUCCUUAUUUCUUCUUUCGUAUUUCUGUUAUAACCAAAUUGAUUAUUUUAGACAUGAUGUUACGUAUGAGCACUAAUAUAAACAACCAGUACUUCGUUAGGUAGAUUAAUAGAUGGCUCAGAAAGUUUAUGGAACUGUAAGUCAAGUCAUCCUCGUGUUUUAAUUUUAAUAUAUAAUGUGUAUACAGUACAGAAAGAGGUCAAAGCAUCUAAGAAAUCCAUAAAAAGAAAAGCAUAGUUCUCAUUUGAUCUAUAUAUCUCUCUUGCUCUUUCUUUCUUCCUAUUGUUCUUGAUUUUCGAGAUCUUUUCAAUUCUUUCAGACUUUGAGCUAAGAAAAUGGAGGGAGAGAAUAGUAUUGAGAAAGGAUUAUUACUCGUAAAUAAGGAAGAAACAUCUGCAAAUACAACUCCACUUCUUGUUUUUACCACUUUCAUUAUUGUCUCUGCUUCCUUCACCUUUGGCGUUGCAUUAGGUUAUACUGCCGGUACAAUGUCUUCCAUAAUGGAAGAUCUUGAUCUUUCAAUAGCACAAUUUUCAGUAUUUGGUUUGCUAUUGACUUUUGGAGGAAUGAUCGGUGCAAUAUUUAGCGCCAAAAGUGCAGAUGCAUUUGGCCGUAAGAUGACUUUGUGGCUCGCCGAGGGAUUCUGCAUAAGUGGAUGGCUUGCAAUUGCACUAGCCAAGAAUGUUAUUUGGCUAGAUCUGGGACGAUUCUUUGUGGGAAUUGGAGUUGGUCUCAUUAGCUAUGUGGUAAGAAAAUUAUAUAUCGCAGAAAUAACUCCCAAAAAUGUGCGAGGCACUUUUACAUUUAGCAAUCAGUUGUUGCAAAAUUGUGGGCUGGCAACCGUAUAUUAUCUUGGAAAUUUCAUGGCAUGGAGAACGAUAGCCCUUAUCGGAAUUAUCCCAUGCUUGAUACAGUUCUUUGGAUUGUUUUUCAUCCCCGAGUCUCCAAGAUGGCUGGCAAGAGAAGGCGGUGAUGAAGAAUGUAAAGUUGUUCUUCAGAAGUUAAGAGGAAAAUAAGCUAAUGUUAUGAAGGAAACUCGUGAAAUCAUGAUUUGUGUUGAUGCUACCGCAAAUGUCAGCAUGGGAAGUCUUUUCAAAAAGAAAUAUACUCGUCAACUUACAAUCGGUGUGGGUUUAAUGCUUCUGCAGCAAUUAUCUGGAAGUGCAGGAAUAUCUUAUUACGCAGGCAGCAUAUUUGAGCUUGCCGGGUUUCCUUCGCGGAUUGGAAUGACAGUGUUGUCAUUGGUUGUGGUACGUAGUUGUAAACUAUAUAUAUUGGGUUUGAUACUUGUGGAGCGAUGGGGAAGACGACCACUUCUGAUGGUAUCAGCACUAGGGCUAUGUUUAAGUUGUAUCUUUCUUGCAUUAUCGUUUGGAUUGAAAGGUGUCCCUGGGUUUGUAAAUUUUACCCCCACCAUGGCAUUCAUAGGAGUAUUGACAUUCAAUAUGAUGUUCGCCGCUGGACUAGGAGCACUACCAUGGAUUAUAAUGUCUGAGAUAUUUCCGAUGGACAUGAAAGCAGUAGCUGGGAGUUUAGUAGCCAUCACGAAUUGGUUUACCGGUUGGAUCGUCAGCUACUGCUUCAAUUUUAUGCUUAUUUGGAGUCAAUCAGGUACUUUUAGUAUAUUCGCCAUGAUAAGUGGAUUAACAAUUUUAUUCGCAUGGUGUUUGGUGCCUGAAACUCGUGGACUAUCCUUAGAAGAAAUUCAACUUCCUCAUGCUAAUAUUCUGAGUUGAUCCUAAAUGUGGCGGUAAAACUGACAUUAAACGAUUUUUAUAAAUACUGUAGAAUUAUAUGAUGGAUUUCGAAUGGUCGACUCUUAUCCUUCUAAAUGUCUGUUUCGUUCUAAAUUUCAUUUUUUACUUGUCUUAUAUAUAUAAUGUCUUUCGUUUCUGCCACUUUUCAAUUUUAUAUGACCUGGUAAUUUUAGCAUACACAUUUUUUUUUAAAGACACCUCCAUAUACUGAAACAUAUAAUACUUCUCCUGAUAAUGCUUCAGAUAUUGCAACCUUCUAGCUAUAAAAUGGAUUUGGUGAGUCGUUCAUAUUAGUCAGGUCGUAUGAAACUAAAUAAAUCAUGCAACUAAAUCAUACCAUGAUUAACGGAUAAGAAUAAGAACCAACUUAAUUGGGCUCAUUUCAGACCUGGGGUGCGGCAAUAAUAGUUUGGGCUUUAGAUUUAUGAAUUGAACUCCAGCUUUGUGUGUGUAUGUGUGUGCGUGAGAUCGAAUCAGAUUGGAUUUUGCAUUUUUUUUUUAUGUUUGACCAUCAAUCAUGCCAGUUUUGCUGGUCAAAACAAACAUGAUUCAUGUGAAGAUGAUACAAUGAUUGAUGAAUGAUAAUAUUAGUCAUACUCAGACAUAUACACGUUUCAUGUGAACAACUACCAAUGCUAAUCACGAUGUAACUUUGUUUUUGCGUCCUGGUUCAGUGAAUGAGAGAGAUAGCCUUUGCACGUUUCGAGAAGGGCUAAAUCCAACUACUAGUUGUUUCAAUUAAUGCAGUUCAAAUUUUAUAGUACUAAUAAAGUUUACAGUUUUCACCGUCUUUGUUAGUGGACUCCACAAUUUUUAUUUUUCUAAAGACAGUAGAUUACUCGUUACCCUGAAAAGUCUAAAAAUUAUGUUCCAUUGAUCAAGCAUGUCACUAGGCAUUUUCGUUUUUUUGUUUUUAUUCACAAGGUAUAUAAAAUAAAUAUUUUCAAAUAAAUAAUUCAUCUUGAGGUUACUCUUAAGUUAUGCUCGAUUAACUUUGUAAUUACAAACUCUUUCCGCAAAAAAAAAUAGUUUUCAUAAUUUUAAGUAACUUUUAUUUUUAUUGGGUGUAGUGUGACCAAUCAAAUAAUAUAUACUUAUUUAUGAUUGGUUUAACUACACCUAAUUUAUAUAUUAAAUGCUACUUUUAGAAAAAUUAAUAACUUUCUUAAUAUUUGUGCAUUCAUCUAAAACUACCUACAUAAAAACAGAGGGAGGACAAUAUAAGUUGUAUCCUUUUUAGAAGAAGAUGGUAUAAUAUAACUAUCAAUCACUAUGCUUAUAAUAAGUACAAGCAUGUUAAAAAAAUAAGUACAAGCAAAACCAAGUCGCCUUGGUUUAGUGGUAAAGAAGCUCCGGGUGGAGUUUCCACCUUGGAUUCGAGUAAACAUUGGUCACCUAUAGAUACUUUAAGUGGCAAAAAAACCCAAAUUUUUAUGGGUCUCGUGGAAUUAGUCUUUGGACCUAAAAAGUUUUUGGAAUCCCUACGGUUAUCAAAAAAAAAUACAAGCAAAAUAUUUUUUAUAAAGCCACUUGGAUCACUGAUAGGUUGUUAAAAAUAAUUUUAACAGCAUAUUACAACAUAAAUAUGUCUUUAAGUUGUCCCCGUGAGCGAAGCUUGUAAUUCUUCCAGUGACUGUCCUUUGGUUUCCGGGACGAGAAACCAAAUAAAAACCAAUGAUGCUCCUCCGACAACCCCAAAUAUGUAAAAUGUUCCUAUUUAAUUAUCAUAAACUACAAAAAUAAGUAAUUGACAUCAUCGAAAUUAAAAUUAACUUAGAAGACAAUAGAAGUCAAAAUUUUAAAUAAAAUAUAUAAGCUGAUAUGAACAGAAGAAAC